GUGACAGUCCAGCUAAGGUCCGACUGAAUUUAUAUUUAUUUUUAGUUGUUACUGUGCGUAAUAUGUUACCGGAUAUAAAAGGCACGUGUUCAUUUGUGGAAGACAGUUUUAGUCGUUUUCCUUCGCAGAGUAACAUAUACGGACUGUGCCAGGCUGGCGAACAGGAGUUACUGGCAGCGACUCUGAAGGGGAAAGUGGUGUGCUUCAGAUAUCAGGACCUGCAGAGAAAGAUCAGACCUGUGGCCAGAGAGAUUCAGUUCACAUAUAUACCAGUUGAUGCAGAAAUCGUCUCCAUUGACGCCUUCAACAAAUCAGCUCCUAAAAGAGGACUGGUCGUAGGAAUAACCUUCAUAAAGGACUCAGGAGAUAAAGCAACUCCUUUCCUUAACAUUUACUGUGAUUAUGAACCGGGGUCCGAAUUUAACCUAGAGUCUAUUGCACAAAGCUGUCUGAACCUGGAGCUCCAGUUCACACCGUUCCAGCUUUAUCACACCGAGGUGCAUUGUGGAGAUGGAUCCAGUGAGACUGUGUUUCUCCUCAGUGGGCAUGAUCAGCGCAUACAUCUUUACAAAGAGAAUGCGUCUCUGCACCAGUUUGAGGAGCAGCCAGUAGAAAGACUCUUUCCUGAACUGCAGGAGCUGCCAAGCAAUGUGUUAUGGUUAAACGUCUUAAGCAUUGAACAAAAUCGGCGACUCACUGCGUUUGGAUGUCAGAACGGUUCUGUGGGACUUUCUCUUGUCAACCAAAAGGGACCUGAGAUUCUCCAAAACUGGCGUGUGAAGCAUGACAGUCCCAUCUCCACUGUGUUGCUGUUCCCUUUGAAAGAGCAGCACGAGAGCACCGACACGAACAGCAGUCAAAGGGAAACAUUUAAUCUGUUGGUAACCAGUUCAAUAGAAAUGGCUGUUGUGUACAGGGAUGUGGAGAAGUAUGGACUGAGCAGACAGCUGUGCUUGGCAGAAAGUGACCAGUGCGAUGCAGUUCUCUGUGCUCUUGUUGUUGAUCUGGAUUUUGAUGGACAACAUGAGCUGUUGCUGGGAACAUAUGGACAGGACCUACUGUGCUACAAAUUCCACAAACCAGUGGGAGCUUUUGAAGAUAAGUUACAGCUGCUGUGGAGACGGAGUUUUAAAAGUCCCUUGCUGUCACUGAUUUAUCUCGACCUGGAUGGUGAUGGACUGAGAGAGCUAGCUGUUCUUACCUUAAAAGGCCUGCAUGUCCUACAGCACAGUCUGAGAACAACAGCAGAUCUUGUUCUUCAGAGAUUAUCCACUUUAGUAUCAAGACUGCCUGUUUCUUCAGAAGACCAACCAAUCGAAAACCAAGAUGGCGAAGAGGAGUCCAUUUCAGUCAGCAAUGAACUGAGAACUGCAGCCACCUAACACUGACUUUUAUGUGAUAGAUAUUCAUUUUUAAUUUAAAGGUGGCAAAGGAGAAGCAUAGGAACAGUAAAAUAUCAAAUUUUCUUUGUGUAAGAAUGCACGCUAGAAUCUGCAAGCAUAGCUUAUCCAGUGUUUUGCUGGUUGGAUGGUGUCUCCUGUAGAGAGAUGUCACUCUUCAAUAACGAGUUAUAAUGAUAGACUUGAAUUUUGCACCAGUGCUAUGACUGAAGUUGAUGCUGUUGAUGAUGAUUCUUUGCUGAUGCCAUGUUUGUUGCCAGACUUAUUCAAUUCGUCUUAAUGAUCAUAAGCAAUUUUUGUUCAGUGUGACCUAAUUUCUGUGUCUAUUGGCUUUGGGAAACAGGUUUUUCAGUUAAAUAAAUUACUAACAAAAAUGAUA